AUGGCCUCCUCGGCACUUCUUUCUCCAUCCGCCUCGCCCUGCCUUUUCGUAUCGUGCCGUUCGCCCUCCAUUCGCGUUUCCGUUGCCCCCUCGUGCUCCGCCGUCGCCCUCUCUGCUCGGGCCGUUCGCGAUUUCGCUCCUCCUGCGUGUCGCCCCUCCGUCUCCUCCCCUGCCUUCGUCGUCAUCGUCGCUGUCGCGAAAGCCCUCCGGUCCCUCGAUUCCCUCGUCUAUCCCUUCCGCUGCGUCGUCCCAGUUUAUAUCCUCAUCCUCUGUGCGUGUUUUCGUUCCCUCCCCUUCUCCAUCGUUGUCGCCUCCGUCGACUGCGGCGCUGUCUCUGCCCUCGCCUCCGUCCUCCUCGUCUCGCCUGCCGUCGUCCCGUGUCUCCUCGUCCUCGCCAUCGUUUUGGCCGUUUUCUACCUGUUCAUCGUGUCCCCUGCUGCUGGUGGCAUCGCCGUUGGCUUCCUCUCUCCCCCUUUCCUCCCUGCCCCUCUCGCUGUCUGGUGCUAA